GCUCAUAAUAUCUCCUUCUUUAGGGACUAGUUAGCAAAAAGGCCACCGCCCCCUCCUUCGCCGGCGGCGGGAGAGGCGAGUACGACGCCGGAGAUCCGGAGCCACCUCCUCUUGCUCCGAUCGUCCUUAGAUUUCUCUGCCACCGUAGAACGGCCUCGCCGCCAUGGGAACCGAGGUGCUCCGCCCCCAAGACUGCCUCCUCCGCCCCUCGCUCGCCCUCCGGAACUCCAGGCCGCAACCCCCGCCCAGGCAGCUACGCCGGAGGAGGGAGGGCUCGCCGAAGCAGCCCGCCAAGCCCCGCCUAGCGAUGGGGCAGGUGACCAUCCUCCGGCGCGGUGAGUCGCUGCCGACCGCGCAGCCGAAAGGGGACGGUGCGGAUCGCCCGGCGGACGCCUCCGUCGGCUGGGACCCUGCGGUGUUCGCCGUGGAACGGCUGGGUCCGGAUCCGGCCUUGAUCCCCAAACAGAUCCGUCUGAAGCCACCGGCCCCGGAGGCGCCGGACGAGUACGCCGGAUCGGCGUUCCACCUCUCUCCGUCGCCCCGCGCGCUGCCUCUGCCGACCUUCUCAAGGACCAAAGAGGCGCCGCCGGCGGUCGAUUCCUCUGCCACAAAGGAUCUGAGGCGAUUGCUUCGGCUGGAAUGACCAAAAAAAAAAAUCUAAAAAUAAUAAUAAUCACAAAAAAGGAAAACCGGAGGAAGAAUCCGAUGGCGUCCAAAUAAUCCAACCUUUUUUUCUUGAUUUUCCGUCUGAUUUUUGCAAGGCGGAUGAAUCGAAAAAAGCUGGAUGAUUUGUGCAUGGACCUGUUCGUGUUUGUCGCUGUAUAUUGAAAUGCUUCGAAAUGGUGGUUCCAACGACGUUUGGUAAAGUUGUUUCCUUGCGCCACGGCAAAUAACUUUUUUAAAUUA